AUGGAUGAUGACUAUCAAAGGAUGAAAUCCUUGGACAUCGGCGCUUGUCCUAAUCCGAACCCUCGCGUCACUGGUUUUACAGACUCGGAAGAUACUUGUGGCGUCUGGCACAUAAACAUUGGGGCGCGUAAGAGGAAGGUGUUUCUUCUGUCAAUGGGCCUUGAUGACAUGGUUGGGGCUAUGAACUGUCCUGAUUUUUCGCUGUUGGCUAACCCUACUCUCCUUGAGCCCUUGGGUCCCUCAAAGCUUCAAGUCGAGCUGCCCCUGUUAGGCCGCAACUCGGUCUUGGUUCUCUAUUGGCUCAUGCACAAGUGUGCUUCUUAA